CAAACACUGGUUACUUUGUCCUAUGUUUAAUAAGUUAAACCUAAUCCAUUGGUCAUUAAUUUUUAUAGACAGAUAAAUACGUACAGAUAUAUACAUGCAGACAAGAUCGUUUGGUAAUAAAACGAUAGGUGGAAGUGGACAUAGUAAACAGUGCGAUGUUAUUCGUCUCCGUUUAUUAUUGCUGAGAUGAUCACAAAAAUACAUACAUGCAUGUAAACACUAAUGGUGUACUUAUAGCAGUCAAUUAUUUUAAGUGUUUGUUCAUUUAUGCCCUAAGUAGUUAACUUUUUGUUUACAUUUUGCACAUAUAAAGAUUUGGCAGGGAUGUGCUUCUAAUAACCUGUCGUUUUACGCGGAAGUGCAAUACAUAUUCGCAUUCGAAAUGGGAAACAUUUAAAUCGUAGAUUGCUUUAUUCAGGAGCCUAUCAUUCUAACAAAGCAGACUUAAAAACUAUUUUUCAUGAAAUCAUGUGAACAAAUGAAUGCAAAUACAGUUGAGAAUUUUAUAUAUUUUGAGACGCUAGUAUAAAAGAAUGGAAAACGAAAAUCACCUCUAUAUGGGGAAUCAAUGAAAAAAUUCAGUUUACUGACCAUAUAACUAUCUGCUUUCAUACUGAGAACUUCUAUUUUGGAAUGUGCAAUCAAUGGAAAUCACUUGGAAUAAUAAUAAUACUAACAGUAACACCGUUACAACUAAUUCAUCAGUACCAAACACUACUGAGACUGUUUUCACUAAUAACAACACUGUUGGUCCUAAUGACACUCCAAAUGUCAUUCCGAACAGUGAUAGUAACAUUUUAAUCAAUGAUCGAGUCUCAGGAAAUGAGGGUGUUAAUGGUUUGCGUAAACCACGUCGUAAAACAUCACAUGCUCAUAUAUUAAAGUCGAAAACAUUCUACAAAACCGUAGACAGAUUUCUAGGUCGAAAUCUACCCUUAAAACAAUUAACAAAUGCUUACAAAAGUCACUUAGCAUCAAAUAAUCAACUUCCUAGUGUUGAUCACAUCUCAGUACGUAGCCAUGAUUCAAUAACAGACAUCCUAGAAAAGUCUGUUUACAUGCCAGCAUUUCUUAGAGCUCGCAAACAUCAUUGUCGUGUAGUACUGAAUGUUGGUGGUGAACGACAUGAAGUAAUGUGGAAGACUCUAAGGCGUCUACCGUUAUCUCGUCUUGGCCGGUUGAGUAUAUCAAAUAAUCCUGCAGAACUAGCUCAGUUGUUUGAUAGUUAUUCGAAUGAGAAAAAUGAAUUAUAUUUUGAUAGAUAUGCACGUUCAUUUGGUUCAAUCCUUGGUGUUUAUCGUACAGGACAUUUACAUUUUUUGGAAGACAUUUGUGUGGUGGCUUUUAAAAAUGAUUUAUUCUACUGGGGUAUAAAUGAAUACCAAUUAGAAACGUGUUGUUAUUAUAAAUAUUAUUUAAAAAAGGAACAGGUUCAAGAAGAAUUAAAGAAAACUAGAGAAAUAAAUCUAUCUCAGGCUCAAGAAGAACAAUUUGGCACAGGAAGGUGGGCUACAUUGCAGAAGUAUAUAUGGGACUUAGUUGAAAAACCCCAAACUUCAAUGGCUGCUAGAAUAUUUGCUGUAAUUUCAAUAGCAUUCAUCAUAUUAUCAAUAAUUGGAUUGAAUUUAAGUACAAUACCUGAACUGCGUGGAAAUUCGUCUGGAAUUAAUCAUGAUAAUCAUACCACAAGUAAUGCAGAUUAUGUAAACGUACAUUUAGAAACGUUAGAAUCAAUUUGUACAAUAUGGUUUACAGUUGAAUAUGCAUUACGCUUAUCAGUUGCGCCAAAUAAAUGUACAUUUAUUAAAAGUCCAAUGAAUCUUAUCGAUCUUAUUGCUAUACUACCCUAUUAUUUUUCUGUAAUUUUUGAAGUAUGGCUUCAUUCACCAUUAGAUUCACUUGUAUCUAUGCGUAAAAUUGUGCAAAUGUUUCGUAUUCUGCGUAUAUUACGUGUUUUUAAAUUAGCACGUCAUUCACAAGGUCUACAAGCACUUGGUUAUACAUUAAAGCAAUCUUAUAAGGAAUUAGGUUUAUUAAUGCUAUUUGUUGUACUUGUUGUUCUAUUAUUUUCAAGCUUAGCUUAUUUCGCUGAAAAAGAUGAUAAUAAGAAUGAAUUCCAAAGCAUACCGGCCACAUUUUGGUGGGCUAUCAUUACUAUGACAACAGUUGGUUAUGGUGAUAUCACACCAAAAACAGUAUUGGGCAAAGUCAUCGGUUCAGUAUGUUGUAUAUGCGGUGUGCUUGUUGUCGGUCUGCCAAUACCAAUUAUUGUUAAUAACUUCGCUGCAUUUUAUCAUGAUCAAAUGAGACGUGAAAAAGUUUUAAAACGACAAGAAGCUCAUAAUGAAGGUUGUCAGUUGGGAGACACGAAUUUUCUGAAGAAGUCAAACAUAAGUCACAAAGCGUUAUACAAUAAAAGAAGUUUCAAUAUUAUUAGAGAUCGUUAUUCAUUAGGUUCACUAAAAUCAGAAAAUGCUAUUGAGCGUGAUUGUCGCAGCAAUUAUAAUAGUUGUUGUGAUAAAUUGACAAGUGAGAAGGAAAGGAACUUUAUAAACAAAGAAAUAGGAAUCAUUAAUCCUAGUGAUAAUUUGAUUAGAUAUAAACAAGUUAGUCUGAGUGUAAAUGAUGUCGAUAGUAUGGCUUGUGGUGAAUAUUAUUCAUGACAUUUAUAUUUCCACAAAUAUAAAUCGGUAGUAUGUUUGAAAAUGGGACUGUAUCAUACAAAUAAGAUCAGCUUGAUCUUUUUUUGCUCCAUCUCUUUGUCUGUCUGUCAAACGGUUUUUUUCAUUCAUUUUUCCUUAAUCAUUAUUUGCACUUCAGUCAACUCAUGUUAUCGACUAUUCACACCAACAGAUAAAUACUGAAUUUUUUUCCUUUAUGUUCUUACAAUUUUUCCUACAACUAUUUGUACGAAUUAUCAGAAUUUUCGGAGUCUGAUAAAACAGAUUGUUUAUGAGUAUAAACGACGUCAUUUAUUUCAUUAAAUAUAAUUAUUUUACAUAGAAAUAAAGAGAAUUCAACGAAAA